AUGGACCCUACAGAAGCUCGUAGAAGUAUUCCUCUGCCUGGUGAACCUGGUACUCCAGAAGACAGGCAUUUGUGUGAGCUAUCUCCUGGAAUGACAUUAGAAGAACUCCAUCAGUGGCGAGAGAUAUUGAUGAUAAAUCCAAUGAUGGCCAUGCACCCUUUAUUGACAGCACCAGGACAGCAGAGAAUGCCACUGGUCCCGUCACCAUUUGAACCUCCAGCGGUGGAUAGAGAUUUAUUGUCUUCCACUCUAGCUCCUGCUGACCCAAGACAGUUUUGUGUUCCUUCUCAAUUUGGAUCCUCUGUUCUACCAAACGCAAAUAUGCCGAACAUGCUAUCCAAUCGCGUCUACUCAGGUUGGGGCAUUUUACCACCUGAAUCCAUAAAGGCAAUGGCCAGAAGGAAUGAAAUGAUUCAAAGGCAGCAUACUGCCAGGAUGGACAUGGAAAUGCAUGCCAUUUACCAGCAAAGGAGAGUAGAAAAAGUGAAUCCCAAGGGACUAGCAGGGCGAGGGAUACCGUUCCUCUGUGGCUCCAGUAUCCCACCUGGCCCAGCCAGCUACCAUGGCAGGAUGCUCCCUGCCAGUGACCUGCAUUUCCACAGGAGCACCCUGAGAAACCUUCAGGGAAACCCCACGCUAGUGGCAACUGGUCCACAUCUUCUAGAGAGCUGGGGCCAGAAAUGUCGUCGUCUCAGGAGAGGUACUGGGAAUCAGAAAGUUCUAGACAGUGAUACGGAGAGCUCUAAAAGUCAAGUAGAAGAAAAAAUCUUAGGCCAGCCUCGUGUGAUUCCCUACGAAGAGGAUGAAUUUGCAAAAGAACCAGAAACCGAAGCUCUCAACAAUCAGAAGUCAAGCGAAACCAGCGAAAAGCCAGCUCUUGGCAACACCUGUGGGGAGCUCGAGUCCACCCAUAAGAAACCUUGGGGAGCUCAUAGUGCUCCCCUAGAAGCAAAGGCCUGGGAUGGUGCAAAGGAGAAGACUUCAGAGCAAGGCUUUGCAGCCUGUGGUGAAAAGAAUGGCGUUUGCCCUCCAAUUCCUCAACCGUCUCUGCCAGGAGCAUACCCACUGGUUACAAUCCGGGGAAAUCUGUCUUUGGAUGAAGAUAUUCAGAAAUGGACCGUGAAUGAUGUGCACAACUUCAUAAGUGGCCUUCCAGGUUGUUCAGAUUAUGCUCAGGUGUUUAAAGAUCACGCAAUUGAUGGAGAAACCUUGCCAUUACUCACAGAGGAGCAUCUUCGAAGUACUCUGGGAUUAAAACUAGGGCCAGCACUAAAGAUUCAGUCGCAGGUAUCUCAGCAUGUGGAAAGUAUGUUGUAUAAGAAAAGUCUAUCACUUUCUACCCAUACAAAACAACCAUUUGAUCAACGAGCAGAUACAUCCUCUCUUUUGGAUUUUAAUUCCUGGGGUGAUACACUGGACGUUCCUUGUUCCCAGGAUGUAACGAUUCCUAAAUGA